AUUAGUGUGUGUUUAACAAUGUCUGAAUCUCCGGAUACUCGCAGUUUGCUCUCUGCCUCUUCACAGCUCAAUUUAAUGGAGAUAGAUGCUAUUGACGACAAGGAGUUUGACAUCCCUCAAGUUGACACGCCUCCAACACUAGAGAGUAUUCUCAAUGAGCCCGAGGAUGAGGAUGAGCCCUUCGUCCUGGAGGACACAUGUCUUCUGAACACAGAAAACAUGGAUGUACAUUCCUGCGAGACGUCCUCACUCGCCAGUUCAGACAGCGGAGACCGUGCCCACCUGAAGAGGAGGAGGAAGCCAAUAGAGACCAAUACUACAGUGCACGGCUCAGUUCUGAGACACAGUGUGCUGAAGGGCAUCUCGGCUCAGAUUGUAUCUGCCGCUGACAAAGUAGAUGCUGGCCUGCCCACGGCAGUUACUGUGUCCAGCGUUAUUGCUGUGGGGACCUCACAUGGUCUGGCUCUGGUGUUUGAUCAGAACCAGGCCCUGAGACUGUGUCUGGGUUCCACUGCGACAGGGGCGGAAUACGGCGCCGUGUCGGCCCUCGGUAUUAACCACGACUGCACACGGCUGCUGUGCGGCUUUGCCAAAGGACAGAUUACGAUGUGGGAUUUGGCCAAUGGGAAGCUGCUGCGCACUAUCACAGAUGCCCACCCACCUGGGACAGCCAUUUUACAUGUCAAGUUCACAGAUCUGCCGACACUGGCUGUGUGUAACGACAGCGGGGGCUCUGUGUUUGAACUCUCAUUCAGGAGGGUGAUGGGAAUGAGGACGUGCGAGUCGAGGUGUUUGUUCAGUGGCAGCAAGGGGGAGGUUUGCUGUGUGGAGCCACUACAUACGGCACCGGAGCUUAAAGACCAUCCCAUUACACACCACUGCCUGCUGGCCAUGGCUUCACUUACCAAGAUUUUGGUGAUCGGAUUAAAGCCUUCACUGAAGGUUUGGAUGACGUUUCCAUACGGCAAGACAGACCCUGCCAGUGUGCCACAGCUAGCAUGGCAGUUUGUUGCUGCACAGAAAGCAGUGAAUCCCAUCUUGGCUUUCUGCAGAGGAGACACUGUCCACUUCUUACUGGUGAAGAAGGAUGAAUCAGGGACUGUUCAUGUGAUCAAACAGCGACAGCUCCAACUCGGCUAUGAUCUCAUCAGUCUGACAUGGCUGAACUCUCGCACUCUGGUGCUGAUGGACAGCACAGAGAAGCUGCACGUGGUGGAUCGACCCAGUCAGGAGGAGCUGGAGACCUUCGACCUGGCGGAGCUUCAGCUGGUCUACAACAGCAGCCACUUCAAAUCGCUCGCCACCGGGGGAAACGUCAGUCAGGCUCUCGCUUUGGUGGGGGAGAAGGCUUGUUACCAGUCUGUCUACAGCUAUGGAGGCCAAAUCAUCUACCUGGGAACUAAGUCCGUCCAUGUUAUGACCCUCAGGAACUGGAGAGAGCGUGUGGAUCAUUUCUUGAAGCAGGACAAGUUUGCAGAGGCUCUCUCUCUGGCCUGGUCCUUUCAUGAAGGCACGGCCAAAGCUGUACUGGGUUUACUCGGCGACCCUGCCAAGCGGAAGGGAGUGUUGGCCGACAAGAUUGUGGAAAUAUUGUUCCAGUAUGUCGAGCGUUCACUAAAGAAGUGUCCCGAACAGGGCAAGAUCCAGCUGCUGGAGCAACACUUCCAGGACAUGAUUCCUGUCGUGAUGGAUUACUGUCUGCUUCUGCAGAGGACGGACUUGCUAUUUAACCAGAUCUACUCACGUUUGGUGGAGAACUCUGUGGCCAAGAGCGUCUUUCUAGAGAGUCUGGAACCAUACAUUCUGAGUGAGAGGAUUGGCUGCUUGACCGCUCCAGUUAUGAGGGACCUGCUUAGCUACUUUCAGGAGAAUGGAAUGAUGGACAGUGUGGAGGCCUGUCUGGUACACAUGGACAUCACCAACCUGGAUAUCCAGCAGGUGGUGCAGAUGUGUUGGGAGAACCAGCUGUAUGAUGCCAUGAUGUAUGUUUUCAACACUGGCAUGAACGACUACAUUAGCCCUAUGGAGAAACUCUUCCAGGUGAUCGGCCCUCCUUUGCGUGAAGGCAAACCUCUCACAGAUGAACAAGUGGUCAUGGGAAAUAAGUUGCUUGUCUACAUUAGUUGCUGUUUAGCGGGACGGGCGUAUCCUUUAGGAGACAUUCCAGAAGACCUUGUGCCUCAAGUUAAAAAUCAGGUGUUUGAGUUCCUGAUUCGCCUGCAUUCAGUCGAGGCCACUUCUGUUGAGGAGGAGGUCUAUCCGUACAUCCGGACCCUGCUGCACUUUGACACUCGUGAGUUUCUCAACGUCCUGGCACUGACGUUUGAGGACUUCAAGAAUGACAAACAGGCUCUGGAGUACCAGCAAAGGAUUGUGGAUAUUUUACUAAAGGUGAUGGUGGAUAAUUCAGACUUCACCCCGUCUCAGGUGGGCUGUCUGUUCACCUUCCUCGCCCGCCAGCUGGCUAAACCGGACAACACCCUCUUCGUUAACAGGAAGCUCUUCGAUCAGGUUCUGGAGUUUCUGUGCAGCCCUGAUGAUGAUUCCAGACAUACAGAGAGGCAGCAGGUGCUGUUGGAGCUACUGCAGGUGGGAGGCAUGGUCCAGUUCGACGAGAGUCAACUCCUUGUCCUGGCAGAAAAAGCUGAGUUCUAUCAGAUCUGUGAGUUUCUGUACGAGCAGAAGCACCUGUAUGAUCAAAUCAUUUCCUGUUAUCUGAAAGACCCUCUAAGAAAGGAGGAGGUUUAUAACUACAUCCAUAACAUCCUGUCCAUGCCUGGCUACAGCCCAGAGGAGAAGCAGACCGCGUGGAACAAAUCCCUGGAGCACGUUAAGGAGCUGGUUAGCAUUAACCCAGCUAAGGCAGCUGAGCUGGUGUGUGGUCACUUUAUUAGUGAGGUGGAACCCAUCAUCACUGUACUUGAGGAUGAUUAUCUGAUCUUCCAGUUCCUGAACAACUUGCUGGAUCCGAGGGAUGGUCAGAAACCUGAAGCUGUGCUCAGUUUGGGUCCGGAGCUACAUGAGCAGCUGGUGGGUUUGAUGUGUCUCUUUAGUCCUCGCCAGGUCACACCGUUCCUCCAGACGUCCCAGAACUACCGAUUGGAAGAGACCGUCCAGAUAACCAAGCAGCAUGAGCUACACGAGGCCACCGCCUACCUGCUGGAGAAAAAAGGAGAUGUUCAAGGAGCUUUUCAGGUGUUACUCCAGACACUAAAGGCCAAGCUGCACACACUGGCCCAGGAGAGUUGUGAGACCACUGGGACGAGGUCUGAGGAAGAGGAGGAGGCAGCUGAAGAGCGGAGUUUAUUGGUCGGGGUGGAGGAAGCCCUGAGUGACAUCAUCGCGCUGUGUCACCGGAGUUCGCAUGGACUCAACCAGCCGCAGAGAGAGGCUCUCUGGUUUCCUCUCUUGGAGGCCAUGAUGUCUCCACAGAGGUUCCUCAAGGGCCCUGAUGCCAAACACACUUCUGAAGCAUUAAAGGAACUAACUAUGAAGGUGCUGAACAACAUGUCCAGCUUCAUCGCCCUGCCCGCUAUCAUCCAGCGCAUUUUACAGGACCCUGUAUAUGGUAAAGGGAAGUUAGCUGAGAUCCAGGGCCUCAUUCUUGGCAUGUUGGACACUUUUAACUACGAACAGACUCUGUUGGAGACCACCACCAACCUGUUGAACUCGGAUCUGCACUGGUCUCUGGCUCACCUGCGUAAAGCAGUCAGCCGGGGACUCCACCCACGACAAGACCACUGCAACAUCUGUCUGCAGCAGUACAAGAGAAGACAGGAGAACGAGGAGGAGAUCAUCAUCUUUAGCUGUGGUCACCUGUACCAUUGCCAGUGUCUGCAGCGGAAGGAACAGGGGGUUCUGGGUAAAGACCCAGGCACUACAGGCGACCGUGUUCACUCGUGGAGCUGUUACAAGUGCACGUCUAGUCAGGGAACUCGACCCGGAGACCGACUCAUUGCUGAGGGAGGCCGAGCCAGAUCCACCUCGCUUGCCCAGACCAAGGUGACGUCUGUCCAUCGAGGAAGCGCUGCUGAGGCUCAUGGGAGAAAGGAGCUGCAGGAGGUGACACUAGAUGCACAGCAGAUGCAGGCAUGGGACCAGCUGCGCUGCAUGUACAGAGGACCAUCCAGAUUGGCGAUCCUGACAGAAAUGACCAGCUCCCACAGCAGUGAAAAGGCAGGCUUGUUAAACCCCAUCCACCCAGGAACAGGAACUAUCUUUGAGAGCGAGAACCUCAGCCUCAAGCUUUCUCCCCCGCCAUUGAUGGAGGAAUAAAGACUCCGCCCACUGUUACACACCUGAAUAAAAGCACUAUUCUAUCAA